GGCCGCGUCUCCAUUCUGAGAUUUUGACAUCGUAUGCCACAAUAGCGCCACAAAGAAUAUGCCGCCAAAAUGCAUGAAAGUUGUCUGCUAGUUGAAGGAGCAUCGACAUGUUUUUUUCAUAGUGUUUCAAGGGCCAGGAGCUCUGUUAAAAUUAGCUCAAUGUAAUUUAUCUCAAUGUUACAAUCGAUUACCCAAGUUUUGCAGCUUUGAUCGCAAAUACGAACGCGAAAGCAGAUUUACAGAUGGAUUUUGAUAUUACCUGCGACUGCAGCGGUAAAGUGAAUAUCAACGAUUGGCAACUCGACAGAGAUGGUUUGUUUUCCCAUAAAGAAGUGGACAAUGUGCUUUUUCCACAAGCCGACUAUCCUUUUUCCUGUAUCGAAGUCAGACUCUUUGACUGUGUCAUGCCUGGAGCUGUUGGUGUGAUGAAUCUUAAUCAUCUCACUAAUUGCAUGGAGAUGCAAUUGAAAAUAUUAAACAGACAAAGCAGAUCAACUGUAUUAUCGAGAGUGUGUGAUAAUGAUGAUGAAAAUUAUUUUUCCUUAAGAAAAAUGAUCUGUAACUUCAUUUUAUAUUUCCGUGCAUAUAUGAAUGGUAUAAGGUGGGACCUCAGUGCCUUGGAAAUAGCAGUACCUGAAAUUAACAAAGAUGUGGAUGCUUUGUUUAAUUCUCUCAAGCGAUUUUUUAGUACAUUGCGUAAUAUUCCCGAUUCAAUUCUGCAUUAUGCUGCUUCCAACAUAGGAAAUAAGUGUAAGCAGCCAGAAUUUCACUUAUGUCACACACAUAUAGAGUUAAGAUGGUUUUUCAUCACAUUAGUACAUUCAAGAACUAUGUGGUGCCAAUAUCAAAUGCAUCCAGUGGAAGAAUUUGAAAACAGUGCUGAAAUGGUCAUCAAUGAUCUCAUAUAUUUUGCCUUGAAAGUAUUUGAGAGGUUAUCUUUAAACUGGACUGUAGAUCAUAAGCAAAAGACACCGUAUUUCUGUACAUGUACACGAGAGCUGUGGCUCAUGCUACAAAUAUUUAUCGACAGUCUAGAGGGAAGGAUGAAAACGAAGACAUUUUGGGACCACGUAAAUAGCUGUAUCCAUAAAGUAUUAAACACAGAUCAGACCCAAAUGAUAUUUUGGCAUAAGAGCGGAGACUCUGUUCUGCCGGAUUGUAAGAAUCCUGAACUGUUCUGCAUCUGGAUAGUGUAUCACUUGUCUCUGUUGUACGGAUACAGUAAUGACGGUGUAUACUUGCAGUCAAACUCGUCAAGGAUUAAAUCCAAUUACGAACAAGUGGAGAAAGUUCUAAAAAUAUACGUGUGUAAAGGUGGAAAGGACGGCGAGAGGGAUGAACUUGAUGUCGAACUCAAGAUCAUAAUAUCGCUGUUGCAUGAGCUUAUUAUUAACUGGUGGCAACCGCGUGUGCCGGUUAUAUCAUUUCUCUGGGACUGUUUUCACAAAAGAUUAGACCAGCCGUUCUUGUUGCAGACCUCUGGACCUUGGGCUUUGUCCCUUGAAAAAAAAACUGCUGCAGACAUUCUAAAACAGAUUAAUAACAGAAUUGACAGCAAAUUUGAGCAUUCCAAGGAAUCUAGCUAUGGCAUGUUCUUAUACUUAAUAGGCACCUUUUUGAAGAAAUACAGUAAGGUAGACCCGAAAUAUUGGAAUCAAAUUAAAGGACGUGUGUACACGAAAUUUUCGAAGAAUAAAGUCGCAGAGUUCUCCGAGAGUGGCCUCUACAACUUCAUAUCCUUAUUUAUCACUUUAGCUGUUACUGCAGAUAUUACAAACGUAUGCACGACGAUGUUAGAUCUCUUGCCAUCCACGCAAGAAUUAAACAGCGAAUACAAUAAAAAGUGCAAUCUAAUCUGGAAAGGAAAACUAACGUGUCUCCUAUUGUUCAACGAGAGGAGAUUAUCCUUUGCUCCGAUAAUUAAUCAUUUUACGGAAACAGUCAACUUAAUAAGCUGUCGCAAAGACGAAACAUCUCGUUCCAUGAUGACCAAUUUCGUCGAUGUCUUAAAUACAGUCUUGUCCGCCAGUGAGAAAAUUGAUUUGGGAGAAUACAAUUUCAUAGGCGGUUGGAUCGAUCGUUAUCUCUUAGAGUGUCCGAAGAACAGAAUUGGAUUUUUGCUGGAAAUGCUCGCCAAUGUUUUGGACAAGUGUGUUAUUCUGCAGGUUUCUUGUGACAAUUCGGAUGGUGCCAGGGAAAUGUUAAACGCGCUGUGGGGUUCUGUCGCUUGUAGAGUCCGCCAGCUCGUCUUUGAUCCCGUGCUUACUGGUGACAAUUAUAAAAUUAUCUCCAAACUGGCUGUCAUAUUUACGUUAGAAGCAGUCAGAGAUCCGGCUACUGCUAAGACGCACAAGCAUUCAACUAUGUCUUUAUUUCAACACUUUGCGGCAUCAGUAUUUGUGAAAGAUAUAAGAAUUACUCAGUGUUACUUAACGAUGAUUCUCGAGAACGGCGAAGCGGUGCAAAGCCUGAAAAAGGAAAUUGCAAAUUUCGAUAUUAUUCUUAUCCAAGCAUGGAUAAAGUGUUCUAUCGUUGGCUACAACACAGAUAGGGAAGAGACAAGGAUUCUGCAAAAUUACAUUCUCAAUCUCGACGAUAUCAAGGAAAUAUUCAUGUCGAAUUUCAGGAAUCUGCAGGAAUUUAAGAAUGGCAAUGAGCCUAUUAUUACAUUCAUAAUAUCGUUCAUGGAGAGGCAGAAUGCAUUAAAGACUGAUCAGGAAAGGCUUCGAUAUAAUGCGAAAUGUAAAACGUACUUUAAAAACUUGGAGAAGUGGGUCCUGAUACCUGUAACGGAGGAGACGAAAAACACGGAUCUGGCGAUUUGGAUUUACAGGUGCCUUGGAACAUUGAUUCUCUGCCUUUCUCCGAUGCUGUAUGCUAAAAAUCAACCAAACGACAUGUUGAGAACGCUUAUUAAUAAAGUUCUACUGGUACCCGAGAACUCUGCGCAAUCGUAUAUAAAGCAAUUGGGCAAGAGAAUAUUCUCGAUGGUAUUACUCGGUCUGGAAAAGUUAAACGUCAAGAGCGACAUACUGUUACAAGCGAUGAUCAGAGAUAUCUUGGAUCAGUACUUGCCGGUUUUAAUAACCGAAGAUAAUAGCGGAUGCAGUUUCAAAGUUAGCGAUUCCUUCCUGAAAUUUUUCAAGGACGCGAAAUGCGAAUAUCUACGCUUGAUUUUCGAAACGCUGAUGGCGAAUUUUUAUACUAUAUCAUCCGACAAUGUCGUGCACAAGCACGCCAACUUGAUAACUUGGCUCAUAAAAACGUUGCUUAAAGAGGGAACGUAUCCCAAACACGUCACGGAACAUAUCAUCCAAAUUUGUUCCCCGAACAUCUUUGGAUGCUACAUGAAGGUUUCGGAUCAUCAUCCGCAUAAGCUGCACACAAUUGACUUCAUCAAAAAUGUAAUUAAAAAUGCUUAUUACAAAGGGGAUAAAUCGAUCAGAGAAAAAUUUUAUACUGCCGUUUCUGCUAUGGUGCAAAAAUAUCUGAUCUUAAACACACAAUUUACGUUUGAGCUUAUACAAUCUAUCCUGACAAUAGAGAAAAGUAUUAUAAUCAAUUUGAUUCCGCAACUUGACACAAUUAUAUUUCAAGCUGAACAAAAUCGUCGACCCAAUGUGGUGUCAUUAAGGUUCAUGUUUAACCAGCUAAAAAAACAAAUGUUGAAUAUGAACAAUGAUGUGUGACGAGAUUACAAAAAUUUAUUAAUAAAUGCUAAAUAUAUACUCAAUAAUGACGUUCAAAGUCAUUGAACUUCCAGACCGAGAUCAAACAUUGGGUUUCAAUCGAUAUUUGAACUCGACGGAUAUGUAACUAUUUCAAUGUACAGAAAAUCGACUUAAGUUUAUACGAAGUUAAGAUACAGCAGAAGCUUUUUAAAUUAUCGCUAUACAUAUUAUAUAUCAUAUUCGAAAUGAGAAAUUCGCAUCAAAACCGAUGUACAAAAUAAAAAUGCAAAUUAUUGUCAUAUACCGAUAUCAUGUACUACACAGGGGUACCGCAAAUCAUAUAAUCAUGCACAAGUAAGUUCACUCAAAUCGCAAAAUCACCUAUUUCGAGAAUAUAAGAAAAAUGGAA